GGAGCCGCUAAAGUGGGACGAAUGUUAAACUAUUUUAAAAGACAUAAAGUGGAGAUUGGAGGAGUAGAAUCCUAGCCCCAACUCGCUGACGCCCUCUUCUCUCUCUCGCGCUCUACACUCUCUCCCCCACUCGAAAAUCUGAAUUAAUCGACACCGCCCUAACUCCUCUGCCUCACCCCCUUGCGCCGGCUGCCGCCACCCCCUCGAGCCGCUGUCGCUGGUCAACCUCGACGCCGGUCGUUGCUAGAGGUAAGGAAUUUUGAUUUUGUUCUCUGUUUUUCCCUUACUAUCUCCCGCAUACUUCCAGCUUUGUGCCGCCGCCACCGUGCCUGGUGAUUAUGCAUUGAUUCAUUAUUCUUGUGACUGGUUGUAAGUGCCUUUUGUUUAUACAUGCCUUUUGCAACUUCACUUUUCACUAAUCACUCUGAUUUUUGUUUCUUCUAUACUUCUCACAAAAAUGGCAUCCUAAACUAUCAAUGCAUAACACAAGCGAUAUCCAUCUCCAGUAUGUAUGCUCAAACGCUCCCUCUUCCACUUCCCAUCCACACUUCCCACAAUCCAACCUUCUCACCAAAAUCAAGAUUUGGGCUUCGCAAUUCCCCGAAAAGGGUGUCCGAAACGAAAACUAGUUCGAGAAAUAGUGCUCGUUUGGCUGCGAUCAGAUGCGGCGAAAUGCAAGCAGAUAAAUUUGACCACGUGUAUUAUAUGAGGCGCUGCAUUGAGCUCGCAAGGAAGGCGAUUGGCUGCACCAGUCCUAAUCCCAUGGUUGGUUGUGUGAUUGUCAAGGAUGGCAAGAUUGUUGGAGAAGGCUUCCACCCUAAAGCUGGCCAGCCUCAUGCUGAGGUUUUUGCAUUGAGAGACGCGGGUGAUUUGGCCGAGAAUGGAACAGCAUAUGUUAGUUUAGAACCGUGCAAUCAUUACGGAAGAACUCCACCUUGCUCCGAAGCAUUGAUCAAAGCUCGAGUGAAAAAUGUGGUGGUCGGUAUGGUGGAUCCUAAUCCCAUUGUCGCUUCAACGGGGGUGAAAAAACUGCAAGACGCAGGUAUUGAAGUGACUGUUGGAGUCGAGGAAGAACUCUGCAAAAGGCUUAACGAGGCCUAUAUCCAUUAUAUGCUUACAAGAAAGCCAUAUGUUACUCUGAGGUAUUCCAUGUCGCUUGAUGGCCAUUUACUAGAUCAGCUCAGUGAAGAAGCUGUGGAGUGUGGCGGAUACUAUUCAAAACUGCUGCAAGAAUACGAUGCUAUCAUAGUUCCUUCUGCUGCAUUGGCUGAGAAGUCGUCUAUUCCCAUUUCUAAAGAACCCGGAGCGAAUCAGCCUCUUAAAAUCGUGCUGUCAAAAUGUUGGAAUCCCCUGACCAAGAUUCCUGCUCUCGAAGAUGAUGGAGCUUCCAAACUGUUGAUAGUCACUGAGAAAGACACGGGCGACAAGCAACAGACUGUGCAAGGAGUCCAAACACUGUCUCUGGAAAAGAUAAGUCUACUUGAAAUUCUUGAACACUGCAAGAAUCAAGGACUCUGCAGUGUCUUGCUGGAUCUGACGGGUAACAUUGUGGAUUUUGAGGAUAUACUUAAAGAGGGCUUCGAACAAAACUUGUUCCAGAAAUUGGUGGUCGAGGUGCUGCCAUUUUUGGGAGGCGAUCACGAGAGAUAUCUGAGUAAUGUGGACCUAAAAGGAAAGGUGAAGAAAUUGACAUCAUCUGUCCAUGGCAAAAGUGUUCUACUUGAAGGAUAUUUCUGAUCCAAUUAUCUGCAUACACUGCUAAUUCUUCUCUAUGCCUUCAUGAUCUUGUUCAAGCCAUGUUUUGGUGUUGUGAUGAGGAUGUAAGAGGAGGAUGCUACGAGUCUGAUUCCUCCACGCGUCUGCUGCAGCCAUGGGAGAUUUUGUUAUGGUGAAACUCAUAGCUCCGAGCUUGUCAUCUGAUCAUCAUCUUCUUAAUUGGUAACUGCAUCAUCUCAGAUCAUAGAAUAUGAUACAUUGUUGUAUAGCAGUUGUGGGAGCCUUGGCUCCCUGAAAUAAACUAUACUGAUCAAACCAUGUUUCUGCCUUAUGUUGUGUACCGUGACUUUUGUUUUAGGCCCCUCCUUUUAGUUACACUUAGAUUUCUUCUCUUAUAAAUUCUUACGUGUGUGUUUGAGGCUGGAUUUAGCGACGAGCUCCUGGAGGCGGCUGAGGGGGCGGGAGUUGGGGUCCGCAUCUGCCGUGACCAGGUCGUCGACGACGCAGAUUGUGCCUAAUCCAGUCGGAUAGGUGGUGGUGAUGGAAGCUUGCGCCAUGUCGUACAUGUUUCUUCCUUGACCAUGGGAUUUUGUCUCUUAUGUUGUGUUCUCUUUUAUUGUAAAUUUAUCACGAGAAAAUGAGGAAUAAAAAAAAUCUUUACUCA